AUGGAUAUUCCCCUCAACAGGAGACUGGAAUACUUCCACAAAUCAGCCGGGCCAGUCAAGAAGGUCAUGCUUACCUAUAAUCAGAAUGGCACCAGCCGUGGUAUUGCUUCUAUCAUAUUCGCCCGCCCUGAAACCGCCAUCAAGGCUGCUAAGGAACUGAAUGGGCUCUUGAUCGACAAGCGGCCCAUUAAAAUUGAGGUUGUUGUCGACGCAUCCCGCGCCCCUCCAGUUCCAACCCCUAAGCCUCUGACCGAGCGCGUCGCCCAGCCAAAGGCUCAGCCCAAACCAGCUUCAGCUGGAAAGGCUGGACGAAAGCGAGAUACUCGUGGUCGAGCGCAACGAGGACGUAAUGCUGGCCGUCCGAAAUCAAAGACUACCGAAGAACUUGAUGCUGAAAUAGAAGACUACUUCGCCGAAGCUCCGGCUAGCACCAAUGCUGCCGUUCCUGCAGCCAAUGGUGCUCCUGCCCAACCAGCUGCUAAUGGCGAAGACCUUGGGAUGGUGGAUGAGAUCUCUGUAAGCAUAUCUCUUGCGCCUAUAGUUCUAUCCCCAUCGACGCUAACGUAUGGGUUGUAG